CUCAUCAAACCAACUUUAUAAAUUAAGUUCAAUUUAUAUCCUGCCGAUAUUCAUGAUGUUGACAUUACCGUCUCGUUUUGUUCUCAUAUUAAUUUUUUGUUUGUGGUGUACAACUCCAACAAAAUGCGCCAAAAUCAUAGGAGUAUUUCCUGUGUUCGGCAGAAGUCAUCACAUCUUGGCCAUUGCUUUGAUGAGGGGAUUGGCAGAUGCUGGGCAUGAUGUAACUAUAGUUUGCUCCUAUGAAGAUAACUACUCCCCAAAACGUGGAUCUUAUAGAACUGUUAUUUUGGAGGGAUUUGCCGAGGAAUUUGCAAAUGAAGCUAUCAAUUUAUUCGACUUGCAGGACUUUAACAAUGUAUUCCAAGAGGCUGUAUUUGAAGACUAUAUGUAUGGUAUUACCGAGAAAGUAUUUAAAGAUCCAGGUGUAAACAAACUUAUACAAGAUAAAGAGACAUUUGAUGCGAUAAUUAUUGAACAAUUUUCUAACGAUGCCCUGAAAGCACUAGCAUACAUAUUUAAAUCUCAUCUAAUAGCAUACAAUUCAUUUGGUUCUUUCAAUUUUGUAAACAGAUUGGUAGGGAAUCCAACAAUAAUAUCCUAUACUCCUCAGUUAAUAUCAACCUUUAGAAGACCAAUGUGCCUGCAAGACAGGAUUUAUAAUACCAUUCUAUAUACUGUUGAAGAAAUUAUGAACCAUUUCUUGUUUUUACCCACACAGGACAAACUAAUUCACAAAUAUUUUCCCGAUUCUCCCAGUGUAUAUGACUUGACCAAAAACGUUUCAUUGGUACUAGUAAACUCUCAUGAAACAAUGUGGCAAGCUGUACCUUUAGUGCCCAACGUUAUAUCCAUUGGAGGUUUCCACGUUAAGCCUCCAAAAAAACUACCAGAAGAUCUUCAAGCGUUCUUGGAUAGUGCCAAGGAAGGUGUCAUAUUCUUCAGUAUGGGUUCAAAUUUAAAAAGCAAAGAUUUACCAAAGGAUAAGAUGAAUGUAUUAAUAAAAGUAUUUGGAAGUUUAAAACAGAAAGUUUUGUGGAAGUUGGAAAGUGAUGUUGAGGGACUGCCUUCAAAUAUAAGAACUGGUAAAUGGCUGCCACAGAUGGACAUAUUGGCGCAUCCAAAUGUUGUGUUGUUUAUUACACACGGAGGUUUAUUAAGUAUGACAGAAACCAUUUAUAAUGGGGUUCCAGUUUUGGUGAUUCCAGUAUUUGGAGAUCAAGCUUACAAUGGAAAUAAUGCAGUAUAUGCAGGUUUUGGAUUAUCUAUUUUUUACCAUGAUCAAAACUUUACAGAAGAAAGAUUUGGUGGUGCCUUAAAUGAACUAUUAACAAAUACGUCAUACAAAUUGGCAGCUCUUAGACAUUCCAAAGCAUUCCAUGAUCGUCCCAUGAAACCCCUUGAUGUCGCUGUAUAUUGGGUAAACUACGUUAUAGACCAUAAUGGAGCGCAGCAUCUACGGGUAGAUGGCCUGUAUAUGCCUUGGUACCAGUAUUUACUUCUUGAUGUGAUUAUUAUAUUAAUAUCUAUUUUAACAAUCUCUAUAGCUUUGGUAAUUAUUACUUUAAGAUGUUUGUUUAAAUCGAAGAACAAAAAUGUUAAAUUAAAACAAAGUUAAUAAAGUAAGUAAAGAAAAAAAUUUCUUCAUGCUUCUGAG